AUGAUACUAACGUGACAGCCCGUUUGCUGUUGUUUUUCAGCUCUUGAAUUAAUGUUGUACGUGUAUUUUGUCAGUUUGAUAUGAGUAUAUUUACAUUUGUGAGUUUUUUUCAUAACGGUUAGUUUCGUUUGAUCCACGCGCUUAUUUUGCGGGUGGCAGGGCUGUAACCUUGGCGUGCGUGACUAGUUUUUUUUAUAACUGAAGAGGAGCUGCUGGAAACCCAACCGAACAAAAAUCAUGUCAGGUGUUUGUCGCGGUUUGAGCUCUUUAUCAGUCAAGAUCCUGACAGAAGCUACACUUUUAUCACCUUGCUCGUGGUUUGUGUCUGCACGCAGCAAAUUUACCAAAGCAAGAAUCCCAAAAGAGCUUUUUGCUGAGAGAUCAAAAGAACAUGAGAAAUAUGGGGGUGACCCAGACCAACCACAUAAACUGCAUAUAGUGACACGAGUCAAAAGUGUGAUGCGAAGGCCGUACUGGGAGAAAGAGAUGGUGAAACACCUUGGGCUUGACAAGGCACAUGUACCUGUAAUUCACAAAAAUACACCUGCAGUCAAUAGCCAACUGAAAUUUGUCAAGCACCUUGUGAGGAUCCAGCCGCUGAGGACUCCCUACGGACUUCCUGCUGAACAGGACAUGGCUGACACCUACAUUAACAGCAAAGGAGAGUUGAUUGUUCGUCACCUCCUCCAACCUGUAGACCCGAAGGCUAUCGAAUCUUAGUAUAAUCUUUGUUAUAUUAAUUCAUAAUUGUUCAUAAAUAUUAUGGGAAAUGCAGUGCUCCUUAGCUUCCUGUUCUGAUUCCACUACACUGAGAAACUGCUGUGGCAUUUACCAGGCUUCACUUUAGCCUGACGCAGUGUGUUUUACUUAAUAGACUUAAGACUCCAGAGGAAUGUGAGAAUUGUCGUCAUCAAACUUUGCAACCUAAGGGCCCGCUCAUGAAGCAGAAAUAUCAGUAGUACCAGUUUAUCUGAAUCAUUUUGUAAAAAACAUCUGGGCUCUGGGUUUACUCAGUAAAAUUGUCAAGUUAGUUUAUUUUGUCCACCCACCAAUAAAUGCCAAUUUUAUAAAUACAGCCGUCUGCUGACAAAUGAAAAAAUGUAAUCUGUUCUCUGUGAUAAUUCGGCAACAGUUGGCCAUAAAGAAAUUUUGAAAUAAAAUGCAUUGCACUGUGGGAGAAGGAGGUGAACGGCCAAAUAUCAGUUUCAGUCUGGUAUUGAUUUGGAUCUGUGUGGGUGUGCAGGGCCUUUAAUAUUGUUAUUUAUGUAUUACUAAGCAAUCCCGAAUGUAUGUGAUGCAUGUUCAAACCAACAUUUUACACAGGAGCCUUUUCUAAGGAGAAAGGAUCUGACAAAAAAAAAUAUUGUGUUGCAUUAUAGGAAUUGAAGGAUUGUUUUCACCCGUAAUAGCAACUAAAACUUGCAACAUCAGUUGAUCCUCCAACUUUACAUAAAAACUAUACAAAAUCAUAGGAGCACAAGUAUACUUUUUAUUAAGUCUGCAUUAGUUAAGUCAAUGUCUUGCUAUAAGGAAAUGUCAUGUAAAAAUGUAUUCUGAUGCAAAAGGAUGAUCUUGGCACUUCAUGCAUCAUGGUUUCUGUCUAACAUUAGACACACACAGUUACAAGGAAACAAGAAAUAAACAGAACUACCUUAA